AUGCGCAGGAGCUUAGCUCCUAGUCAAUUACAUAAUUCUCCCACUACUGUUCUCCAUCCCUCUGAGUGUCCGCCUAUCAAAGCACCCAGACACACAACGAACGGAGUGUGUUUGGGUUAUUCCCCAUCCACCUAUCAAUCCCCAUUUCGCAAGCCAGUUACUCCUGUGCUAGAUCAACUAGCUACUCAUGAGGAUUUGAUACGCAGCCUCCUCGCAAGACCUUUUAAAGUUCCUAUUGCAAACUAUCAGGGCAACAGUUCAGGUGACUCAAAAGCUCUCGGCCUACGUCGAUCUACUUCUCGUGUUGCUCUACACGAUCCCUACGAGGAUGGUGCUCUGGUCUUGUUCACUCCUCCCGAGGUCGCUGCGCACGAUGUGUUAAAGCGUGAAAAUGAGAAACAGUUGGUACACGUCGUUGUGGAUCCUAUGUUGUCAAUGAUUCUGCGCCCACAUCAACGUGAGGGUGUCAAGUUUAUGUACGAUUGCGUGACUGGGCAACAAAUUCCUGGCAAUUUCGGAUGCAUCAUGGCUGACGAAAUGGGACUGGGUAAAACCCUUCAGUGCAUCACACUUGUCUGGACUCUUUUGCGUCAGGGUCCAGAAGCCAAGCCGACGGUAGACAAAGUGGUCAUUGUCACACCAAGCAGUUUGUUGAAAAAUUGGUACAACGAAUUCUACAAAUGGCUACAUGGAAAGGUGCAUCCAUUGGCCAUUGAUUCCGGAAGCAAAGAUGAAAUAGACAGUAAAUUGUCCAAUUUUCUUGCUCAGACCGGUCGCAGGACACCCACGCCGAUCUUGAUCAUCUCCUACGAAACCUUUCGUCUGCAUGCGCCCACCCUGCACAAAGGCGAAGUAGGACUUGUUCUGUGCGACGAGGGACAUCGGCUGAAGAAUUCAGAGAACCAAACAUAUCAGGCGUUGAUGCAGUUAAAUUGCCAUCGUCGUGUGCUACUGUCCGGAACACCGAUCCAAAAUGAUUUACUGGAGUACUUCAGCUUGGUUCAUUUCGUGAACAUGGGCCUUUUGGGAACUGCUUUGGAAUUCAGGCGACGUUUUGAAACGCCCAUACUUCGAGGGAGAGAUGCAGACGCCACGGAAGAUGAGCAAAAGAAAGGAGAGGAAAAGCUCCAAGAGCUCCUCGGCCUCGUCACUCGCUGUAUCAUUCGCCGCACUCAAGCCCUACUCACAAAGUACUUGCCUGUGAAAAUCGAACAAGUGGUCUGCUGUAGUCUGGCUCCGAGUCAGCGCAAGGUGUACGCAGAGUUCGUCUCUCGCAAGGCGCAGGAAGUCGCACAUCGUCUGAAUAGUCUGGACGAUAGUGCACGGAAUUCUUCCGGACUGUCCGGUUCCACUUUGGCCGCAAUUACCAAUUUGAAGAAGCUGUGCAACCAUCCGGAUUUGGUCUACGAUAAAAUGUUGGCCAAUGCGGAAGGUUUCCACAAUGCACUGUCACACUUUUCACCAGAUUAUCGGGGCUCUUUGGAACACAAUGUACCUUUUCGGCCCGAUUUAUCAGGGAAAUUUCAGGUGUUGGACUACUUGCUGGCUUUCAUCCGCACGUCCACUUCAGACAAAGUGGUUCUCAUUUCGAAUUACACUCAAACACUGGACCUGUUCGAGCGCCUGUGCCACAUACGUGGUUAUAAUCAUGUGCGCUUGGAUGGUACCAUGAGCAUCAAAAAACGAGCCAAGGUCGUGGACCGCUUCAACGAUCCCACCUCCAAUGAUUUCAUCUUCAUGUUGAGCAGUAAGGCCGGUGGCUGCGGGCUUAACUUGAUCGGUGCGAAUCGCUUGGUUAUGUUUGAUCCAGAUUGGAACCCGGCCAACGAUGAACAGGCCAUGGCCAGGGUGUGGCGUGAUGGACAGAAGAAGGAAUGCUUCAUCUAUCGAUUGAUUUGCACUGGCACCAUUGAAGAAAAGAUGCUGCAACGUCAGGCGCACAAAAAAGCACUAAGCAGUUGCGUCGUGGACCAACAGGAGGAGGUCGAGCGACACUUUAGUUUGGGCGAUCUACGCGAAUUGUUCAUGUAUCACGCCGAAACAGUGUCUGACACACAUGAUAGAUUCAAGUGUCGUCGUUGUGUCAAUUUGGUUCAAGUGAAGCCACCCCCACCUGAGUCGGACUGCAACUGCGAUCUCUCCAUGUGGAAUCACUGUUACAGCAAAAAGCUCCUCAACGAUAUUGUGCUCAAAUCGGCUUGGGACACCGGGUGCAUCUCCUUCGUGUUUUGGCACUUCUCCCAUGAACAACAGCGCGUCACU